AUGAUUCAAGCGAUAAAGCAAGCCGAGGAGAAGAAGAAAGCACUGGAGGAGAAGGCGAAAGAACAAGCUGAAGGUAGAAGAAAAAGGGCGGAGUCGAGAGCACCCUUAGCGGGCGGAAGCCAAGAAGGAAUGUCGAGAUCGAUGGAUGGUCCUACAGGUUCCCAAGAGACUGGAAGCGCCCCGCUAACGUCUGCAGAGAUAGUUGCGAUCAAGAUGGAGAUGGCAGAGGGGAGUUUGGAGAAAAUCAAUGAAGAAGACGGUCAUCAGGAAGCAGAAGAGGGUAAAGGAAGUGGAGAGCGAGGAGAGAAUUCGUCUAGUGGAGAUUCAUCGGGAGAUGAUGAAGUAGUGAAGGGAAAAGCUUUUGAGGCAUUGAUAGAGAAGGACCAGGUUCCUAGAGGGCAGGGAAAGGUGUCGACUAAGCCAAUUCCCAAAUUGACAAAGAAAGUCGAGGCUGACCCUAGACCGUUAAUCGACCGACUAGCGGAGGCUCUUGAGAUGGGUAGAGACGAGGAACUGGAAGAGUUGAGGAGAGAGUUUAGAGAGAAAACAAGUGACAUUAAUCGGAAUGGAAAGGAGAAGAGGAAAGAAGAAGGAGAAGGAAGGAAGAAGGGGAAAGAGAAGAUGAGGAAGAAAGAGAAGGCGCAAGAUAAGCGCCACUCAGGAGAUUACGCCCAAAGUCAUGAUAAUCGCACACGAGAGAUCAUCCAUCAACUCACAUAUCCGGCUCCAAGGCCUACACCGCCCAUCGCGAUCCAUUUGAGUGACCCUGAGCUGGUGACCGUGGUGGGUUUCGAAGAGGCCGUUGAGUAG